CUACUUUUCCACUCGGCGGCGGGGACUACUUCCUCCCCCGCGGAGGGGUCGGGCGCGCACGGCAUGGCGGCGGCGGCGCGCGCCUGAGGAGAGGGACGCCGGCCCCGGCAGGCCUCGGCGCGGCCUACACGCUUCGCUCGCCCGCUCCCGCCUCCCUGCCCGCGCCCGGCCAUGGCGGAGCCGUCUCCCGCCCGCCGCCCGGUGCCCCUCAUCGAGUCGGAGCUGUACUUCCUCAUCGCGCGGUACCUGUCGGCGGGCCCGUGUCGGAGAGCGGCCCAGGUGCUGGUGCAGGAGCUGGAGCAGUACCAGCUGUUGCCGAAGAGGCUGGACUGGGAGGGCAACGAGCACAGCAGGAGCUACGAGGAAUUGGUCUUAUCCAAUAAACAUGUGGCUCCUGACCAUCUGUUGCAAAUCUGCCAGCGUCUCGGUCCUAUGUUGGAUAAAGAAGUCCCACCCAGUAUUUCAAGAGUCACUUCUUUACUUGGUGCAGGAAGGCAGUCUUUGCUACGUACAGCAAAAGACUGCAGGCACACAGUUUGGAAGGGCUCUGCCUUUGCUGCUCUUCACAGAGGAAGACCCCCGGAAAUGCCAGUCAACUAUGGUUCCCCGCCAAGUCUCGUGGAGAUACAUCGAGGAAAACAACUCACAGGGUGUUGCACUUUUAGCACAGCCUUCCCAGGAACCAUGUAUCAGCAUAUAAAAAUGCACAGGAGGAUUCUGGGACAUCUGUCUGCUGUUUACUGUGUAGCAUUUGAUAGGACAGGACAUAGAAUCUUUACAGGCUCAGAUGAUUGUUUGGUAAAGAUUUGGUCCACACAUAAUGGCCGUCUGCUGUCCACGUUGCGAGGACAUUCUGCGGAGAUCUCGGAUAUGGCCGUGAACUAUGAGAACACGUUGAUUGCCGCAGGAAGCUGCGAUAAGAUCGUUCGAGUGUGGUGCUUGAGGACGUGUGCCCCGGUCGCAGUGCUUCAGGGGCACACAGGGUCAAUUACGUCUCUACAGUUCAGUCCAAUGGCCAAAGGCUCUCAAAGGUACAUGGUUUCCACUGGUGCAGAUGGGACAGUUUGCUUUUGGCAGUGGGACUUAGAGUCCCUGAAAUUCAGUCCACGACCCCUGAAGUUCACUGAAAAGCCUAGGCCGGGAGUUCAGAUGCUUUGUUCUUCUUUUAGUGUUGGUGGUAUGUUUUUAGCAACGGGCAGCACUGAUCAUGUGAUCAGAAUGUACUUUUUGGGUUUUGAAGCACCAGAAAAAAUCGCAGAACUUGAAAGCCACACUGAUAAAGUAGAUAGUAUUCAAUUUUCUAACAGUGGUGAUCGGUUCCUAAGUGGUAGCAGAGAUGGAACAGCACGGAUUUGGAGGUUUGAGCAGCUGGAAUGGAGAAGCAUCUUAUUGGACAUGGCAACCAGGAUCUCGGGGGACUUGUCCUCAGAAGAAGAAAGGUUUAUGAAACCGAAAGUAACAAUGAUAGCUUGGAAUCAGAAUGACAGCAUUGUUGUCACUGCUGUGAACGAUCAUGUCCUCAAAGUGUGGGAUUCCUAUACGGGACAGCUUCUCCAUAACUUACUGGGUCAUGCUGAUGAAGUAUUUGUUUUGGAGACACAUCCUUUUGAUCCCAGAAUUAUGUUAUCUGCAGGACAUGAUGGCAGCAUAUUUAUAUGGGAUCUUACGAAAGGCAUCAAGAUGAAACAUUAUUUUAAUAUGAUUGAAGGGCAAGGACACGGAGCGGUGUUUGACUGUAAAUUCUCCCAGGAUGGACAGCAUUUUGCUUGUACAGAUUCUCAUGGACACCUUUUAAUAUUUGGUUUUGGAUGCAGCAAACCAUAUGAAAAGAUUCCUGAUCAAAUGUUCUUCCACACUGACUAUCGACCUCUCAUUAGAGAUUCUAAUAAUUAUGUCUUAGAUGAGCAAACUCAGCAGGCCCCUCAUCUUAUGCCUCCACCAUUCUUAGUGGACGUGGAUGGAAAUCCUCAUCCAACUAAGUACCAGAGAUUGGUACCAGGCCGAGAGAACUCUGCAGAUGAGCACCUGGUUCCUCAGCUCGGAUACGUGGCCACAAGUGAUGGAGAGGUAAUUGAGCAAAUUAUAAGCCUCCAAAGCAAUGAUAGUGGUGAGCGAAGCCCGGAGUCCAGUCUUCUUGAUGGAAUGAUAAGACAGUUGCAGCAACAGCAGGACGAGAGACUGGCAGUGGAUCAGGACGCCAGCGCCAGUGGACUGCCAAGUGGGGAAGAAACCCCGCGGAGAGGCUUUAGAAGACUAAGUUUAGAUAUCCAGUCCCCCCCAAAUAUUGGCCUGCGUCGUAGUGGACAAGUUGAAGGCGUUCGGCAGAUGCAUCAGAAUGCUCCGAGGAGUCAGAUGGCUACGGAGCGUGACCUGCAAGCCUGGAAGCGAAGAGUGGUUGUACCAGAGGUACCACUAGGCAUAUUUAGGAAGUUGGAAGAUUUUCGGAUGGAGAAAGGUGAGGAGGAAAGGAAUCUUUACAUAAUAGGAAGAAAAAGGAAGAGUGCCCAGCUCUCGCAGAAGACAGACUCAGUGGUUCCAGUGUCACAGUCAAGACAGAGGACGUGUAGACGUAAAUAUCUGAAUUAUGGUCAAAGAGAUCUGCAUGAGUUAUCUUCUGAAGAUGAGUCUUCAGGGUCCGCAAGACAUGAGACCUCCUGUGAUGCAAGUGAAGGCUCUUGUUCUUCAGAAGAGGAUGAGUGGAAAAAUGAUAGAAAGAGUGACAGCUACAGCGAGAGUUCAAGCGACUCUUCGUCUAGAUACUCUGAUUGGACGGCUGACGCAGGCAUCAACUUGCAGCCUCCUUUGCGAACAUCCUGCCGGCGACGAGUCACCAGAUUUUGUAGUAGUUCAGAAGAUGAAAUGUCUACUGAGAAUUUAUCACCUCCAAAAAGGAGACGAAAAAGAAAGAAAGAUAGUAAGCCUAAAAAAGAGAAUUUGUGUAGAAUAACUCCAGCAGAACCAGCAAAUACGGAACAUUUAUGUGAAUUUCAUCCUCCAGUGUGGAUAACUGACACAGCACUCCGAAAAUCUCCUUUUGUUCCUCAGAUGGGGGAUGAGGUGAUCUAUUUUCGACAGGGUCAUGAAGCUUACAUUGAAGCUGUGAGAAGAAGCAAUAUUUAUGAACUAAACCCUAGCAAGGAGCCAUGGAGAAAAAUGGAUCUCCGGGAUCAAGAAUUGGUGAAAAUAGUUGGAAUACGGUAUGAGGUUGGACCACCUACACUUUGUUGCCUCAAACUAGCGUUUAUAGACCCAGCAACUGGGAAACUCACGGAUAGAGCUUUCUCUAUUAGAUACCACGAUAUGCCAGAUGUUAUUGAUUUCCUGGUAUUGCGUCAGUUUUAUGAUGAAGCAAGACAGAGGAAUUGGCAGUCGUGUGACAGAUUCCGCUCUAUCAUUGACGAUGCUUGGUGGUUUGGGACAGUGUUACGUCAAGAGCCGUACCAGCCACAGUAUCCUGAUAGUCAUUUCCAAUGCUACGUUGUCAGGUGGGACAAUACUGAAAUUGAAAAACUUAGCCCAUGGGAUAUGGAGCCAAUUCCUGAUAAUGUCGAUCCACCCGAAGAGUUAGGAGCCAGUAUUUCUGUCACCUCAGAGGAACUGGAGAAAUUGCUUUAUAAACCACAGGAUGGUGAAUGGGGACAGAAAUCAAGGGAUGAAGAAUGCGACCGAAUUAUCCGUGGUAUAGAUCAACUUUUGAAUCUUGACAUAGCAGCAGCUUUUGCAGGUCCUGUGGAUCUGUGCACAUACCCGAAGUACUGCACUGUGGUAGCUUAUCCCACUGAUUUGUACACAAUCCGCAUGAGGCUGGCCAAUCGCUUUUACAGGAGACUAUCGGCAUUAAUUUGGGAAGUCAGAUACAUAGAACAUAAUGCCAGAACCUUUAAUGAACCUGAGAGUGUAAUUGCAAGGUCAGCCAAAAAGAUUACUGAUCAACUUUUAAAAUUUAUCAAGAAUCAAGAUUGUACAAAUAUUGCAGAACUUUCUAACGUGUCUGAAAGUGAUGAUCAAAAUGCUGAGGAUUUGGAUGACAGUGAUCUUCCUAAAACAUCUUCUGGAAGGAGGGGAGUGCACUACUGGAGAAGAAGGAGGAGCAAAGCUGCAAGCCGUGCUGAGAGCAGGUGGAAGAGACAGUGUAAGGAACUAGUGAACUUGAUUUUUCAGUGUGAAGACUCUGAGCCGUUUAGACAGCCUGUGGAUUUGGUUGAAUAUCCAGACUACCGAGAUAUUAUAGAUACUCCAAUGGAUUUUGGAACAGUAAGGGAAACUCUAGAAGCUGGCAAUUAUGACAGCCCUAUGGAAUUUUGCAAAGACAUCCGAUUGAUAUUUAGCAAUGCAAAAGCGUAUACACCAAACAAAAGAUCAAAGAUUUACAGUAUGACCUUGAGAUUGUCUGCCUUAUUUGAAGAAAAAAUGAAGAAAAUCUCUUCUGACUUUAAAAUUGGUCAAAAAUUUAGUGAAAAACUUAGAAGAAGCAAGAGAUUCCAGCGACAGCAGAAGCGGAGUAGUGCUGCUCAGGCUAACAGCAUUGUCAGAAAUACCAAGCAAAAGCGUGUGAAAUCUCAGACAAAAAUAAUUGCUGAGUUGGUAGGUUCUUCUGCACAGUCUACCUCAAGUAGGGCGGCUUACUCUGCAGCCCCCAGGACAAGUGCUGGUGUUUCUUCAGGUGUUACUUCGGAUGACUCUUCAGAUUCAGCAAGAUCAUCAGAAAGGCCGAGAAGAAAUAGACCUCUAACUCUGAGAAAUGGGUCUUCGUUUUCUGAAAGUGAAGAUGAGGAUUCCUCAGCUAUCUCUUCAUCGUCUUCAGCUUCAAAUAGUUCAGAGGAAAGCAAAGCAGAAAGUUCAAGGGCUUGUGAGUCCUUCCAUGGUGGGAUGUCAAGCAGCAACAAUCUCAGAGUGACCAGAACUAGGGCUGCUCAGAAAAGAGCCGGUCUUGCUUCUGUAGAAAAUGGAUACUGUCGUAAAGCCACUCGGAAGAGGGUCUAUCUAACUGAUUCUGAUAACAAUUCAUUCGAUAAUGGUGAGGUUCUAAACACCAGAGCUGGAAAUAACCGAAAAAUACUACGGAAGUGUGCUGCUGUGGCUGCCAGUAAGAUCAAGCUCAUGAGCGAUGUGGAAGAGAAUUCGAGCUCGGAAAGCGUCUGCUCUGGGAGGAAGCUGCCCCAUCGCAAUGCUUCAGCUGCAGCUAGGAAAAAGUUACUGCAGAAUUCUGAAGAUGAUCAGAGCGGGAAAUCUGAGCCUGAAGAAGAGGAACUGGAAGUUGAGCGUCAGCCCUCGCCCGGGAUCACAUCUCAUGCUGCCCACAGUGCUGCCAGUGGGUCUGGAAACGGAGAUUCCGAGUCAGAAAGUGAUCUGCGGGUAGCCCGGAAGAACUGGCAUGCCAAUGGUUACAGGUCUGAUAGUGCACCAGCUUGGAAAGCAAAAUUCCUCAAGAUAGAGUCUUCUGAGGACUCAGACGAUGGAAGCUGGACUGCUGGCCCGUCGACCUCGGGGGAGAGACUGCAGGCAGAAAGCGCUUCGGAGGGUGCAGACUCGGAGCCAGGACAGCAUAGUGGUAGGAAAUCUAACUCGAUUCACAGGAGAGUGCAUUUCUCUAAAACAGCAAAGAUCUUGAGUGAUUCGGAAGAGUCUGCACUUGAAGGUCAAAGUGGGGAAGGCAGUCUGUGUCAGCAGGCAGAAGCACUGAGCGAUUCGGAAGGGUCUGAAGGUCAAGCUGGAGAAGGCAGUGAGUGGCAGAAAGGAGAAGCGACUGCCGUGUCCCAAGGUGUGCAGGGUGACUCUGCUGCUGGGUCCCCAUGGUUCUCAGAUCAGGUGUCUGAAUCUGAUUCAGAUUCAGCUGAUGAUAAAGCAAAGGAAAGACUCAACAAUUUGACGAAAGAUUCUACAUGCCAAGACAAUGGACAAAACAGAAAAAUUUCCAGGAAAAGGAUCUGUUCCAGUGACUCCGAGAAUAGUUUAAAGGUGGUUAAGAAACCAUUACAAGCCAGAACGGGUCUUGUGACAGUUACUCGAAGAGGUGCCUCUAUGGCUGCCGACAAAGUGAAGCUGCUGAGCAGUGGAGAAGAUGUCGGUUCAGAAAAUAUACGCACUAGAAGCAGAAAUGGGAGGAAGACCCCCCUCCGCUUCGCUUGUACCGCCGCUGACAAGGUGCUGAGUGAUUGUGAGGGAGAUGUCAGUUGUGAAGGCGAGUCCUUGGGGCCUGACCCUGCAGCUGCUGCCAGAGGCGCUGGGCAGGAUGUAAAUGGCAACUCAGACUCCGAAGGUGCUGUGGGUUCAGCACGCACGAGCAGGCACACCAGAAGCCACAGCCCAAGUGCGCCUUCUGCGACCAAGCGUUCCUCUGUCAGGUCUUCAGAAGAAGAUUCACAGAGCCGUGUUCCCAGACGUGUGACGGGUAGAAAGUUUUCUUCUGCUUCCACCUUGGCACAAAAGACUACUGCAGAGAAUAACUCUGAGGAGGAGCUGAGCUACGGGCUGCGCAGAUGGAAUGGAAGGCGACUCAGGACUUACGGAAAGGCUCCCUUCAGUAAGAGCGAAGUGAUCGGUGAUUCGCAGGCAGUUGCAGACGUAGAAGUAAAAAGGAAGAGACUGCGUCCUGAAUUAGAAAACGUGAGAAUGCAUGAAACAAGAGAGAGUUCCAAGUCUGGCCCCGACAUGAGUCCCCGAUCCUCUGAUUUGGGGUCUGUCACUGAAUCAGAUGAGGACUGUACUGAUAAAACAAAAACCAAAAGGAGGAAAACUAAAGGAAAAGCAAAAGUAGUUAGAAAAGGUAAAACGUUUACAACUAGCCCGUGCAAAGCUGUGAGACGGCCGAGACAGAGCAAACGUCCUCGGCUAGCCGUGGAUGACGACUGGGAGGACGUGGACUGUGCAGGAUCUAAGAGAGUUCUCCGACGUUCAAAAAUAAAGACGAGAAAUCAGGGUAGACGGACCGUGAGGUACCAUGAUGGGGAUGAUGACAGAAGCUUGGAGAAUGGGCUAGAGUUCAAUGAUUGCACCUUAUGACCUAGAGGGAAAGCCAGUCCAUUCAAAGAGGAAAAUGGACUGGAAUUUAUGAUGAAAGCUGGCUGUUGAAAUUAUUUUUUUGUCUUACAAUUCAGGGAAUAUAUUUAUAUUUUUCUAUGAAAAGUUAUGAAUGUGACUAAAUCAUGACUGUUAUUUUUAUUUGCACUUGCUGGUCUUUGUAGCAGCAUUCAGCACAGGUGCCAAGAUAUGCUUCAUUCUGGGGCAGAUCCGCUCUGACAGUAUGCGACUACAUCAAGCACGAGUUCAGUGUUAAACACUAGGCAGCCUGGUGAUCAGAAGCCAAUGAGCAUUACUUUUGUGGUAGCAAGUGUCAAGCAGUCAUUUUACGAAUUUGCCCAGAAGUGGUAGUUUCUAGCCCCUAUCCUGCGAUAGAAUAACUAUUUCACAUGACCUGUGUUUACAGAUUCUUCGUAAAUAUUAUGUGUAUACUGACAUUACAGUCAGAGGAGGUAGAACCGUGACUGAUAAGCCUGACACCUACCACUUUCCCCCUUUCCUUGACUUCUUGAGUAGAAUGCAUUAUGCCAGAUUGGGUCGUUUUCAUUGAAAUGCUUCCAAUUUUCCUUCCAAAUGCUGUUGGACCUUUUUAUUUUCUUUUUGAGGAAGAAUUUAUUAUUUUUGUUUUAUAAACUUGAAUUUAUUAAGUGCUGGCAAAUUACUUUGAAUGUGUUGAGUGGAUAUUUUAAAUCUCUAAGCCAGAGUAUAGGUAUAGCAUUUUCUUUCCAACUGUGCACUAAGAAAAUAUUAUAUAAUUUGUCUUCUAGCCAAGAUCUCUUAAUUUCCAUGGUAAAGGAUUUAACCAAAAUGUUGCUCUUCCAUAAUUUUACUCUGAAUAGAGGAGUUUGUGUGCCUUAGAUUAAGGAGUAUAGAGUGUACUGGGCUAAAAGAGUAUUUAAGUUAUAUAUCAAUCUCCCCCAUCUGUAUUAAAUUUAGAGAGUUGGGUUGUGUCAAGAGUGCAGCUGCAGAUCUUAUGUAGGAAGAUGGUUACCACCCCUCUGUGUUCUCGCUUGUUGCUGUCAUGCACAGUCCUAAGAAUUUUUUUUUGCUGGGGCAGUUAAGUGUAUCUUAACAUGACCUCUUAUCGAAAUAUAAGAGAUUGUUGUGUGGAAACUAAGUUAGGAAUCCAUUUAAAUCAAAGCUUUUUCUCACCAUCAGAUACCACAGCACAUUGACUUAUGAGCCAGAUACUCUGACUUAAGGCUUUUCCAGUGUAGGUGGCCAUUUCCUGGACUUUGUGCCUGCAGAUGGACUUGAUUCAGUGGUUUACAUGCUUAGUAUCUAAGGAGCCUAUUACAGUUCGCCCAUAUUUAUUUAUUGGCUCUACUUGUGUUUGGUUGAAUUAACCCUUUUCCCCUGUGUGUGUCCUUGAGGUGGCAGAAAAAAGAAAGUAUCCGACUCUGAUUUCAGUGUUAGAGAAUGUUGAAGUGUUCCGCUUGGAGUUAUCUGACUGCUGUUAGGACAUUAACGACUGAGAUAGGCGAGAUCCUGUCACGUCGGCAGUUCAGAAAGCUGUCACAACUUGAGAACUCCAAUGUCUUUUCCUCAAAGCUCAUGUUUAAGAUUCAAGAUGAUUGUCUCUGACCUCCAAAAAAACAGUAGUAUGCCUUUUACCUCCCUAAUGUUUAAGAACUGGUUAAUAGAUGUAAGUUUCAUUAACUUAUUUAAAUUUCUUAAGUUUCUCUGUUUCGUAUCUAUUCUCAGGGUUAUAACUCCAUGUUUACCAUCAUCUGCAAAGAGGUACCAAAACCCAAUAACUAAAAUACAAAGUACAUUCAUAAGUCCAUAAAUUCUUUUGGCAAAAUAAUACCUUGACAGUUUAGGCUUCAUGAACGGAUCUGUUUUCAUAUUUUGGCCCGGAUGAACCAGUGCUUGAUUGCUUAGUCAGCUGCUGGGUUUUCUUCUGUCCAUAAUGGUUAGAGCCUUGUUGCGCAGUGUUUUCCUGUGCUCAGACUUGGUUUCAUCAGGAAGAGCAGGAGACGGGCCAGGAGACCAGAAGCAUGGCUGGUGGCGGCAGCUUCUUGCCUGCUGAAGGGUAAAACUCAAGCGGCUGUGGAGAAGUCAUUUUUAUGGGGUUGGUUUUUUUGAGGGGGGUGGUUUAUGGUGCUAUUCCUAAGGUUAUCUUUGAAUAUUGACACACUCCUAAGUAUCUUUAGGGAAAAGUAAUAAUUAAUAGUUAAAAUGUUUACAUUGAGCACUAGAACAUGUCUGACUUUUUUUCUCCUUUAUGCAGAAUGCGCAGGGAUUGAAUGCACACAUGUACUUUAGUGUUUAGGAUCAGGCUGUACUUUUCUUGAGAAAAAAGUAAAAGGUUACAAAGUGAAUGUGAACUGAUCCAGAAAUAAGUGCUAUAGCUUUCCAUUGCACUUGAAAUAAUUUAAUAGUAUUAAAAACAAAAAACAAACUUUUUUUUUUUACUGUGGUUGUGUAUGUCCAGAGUCCCAUGGUUUUAUUCAUUUGUGUUUUUUAGAGGGUUUUGAAAUGUUUAGAUUUAAUUUUUGCUUCCUUUGAAGGAUUAAUCUUACUGAGCAUAUUAAGAAAAAGUGAUUUCAUACAUGGAAAAAACAAGUGAGAUUUAAACAUGUUUCCCCAUGUCCUUAUUUUAAAAGGGUGUGCUGACAAUGUGUAGUAACUAAUGAAUAAAAAGAAAAAUUUAUCCCAUUUUCAGAUAAUCCUUAGGGUGCUCAUUCUUUUUUUUUCUUUCUCCAUUGAAAAUGUCCAAUUAAACAACUUCUCAAUUUGAUGCUCCUUGGAAAGCAAUUACAACACAAAGGUUCUUCCAAAUGCUAGAGGGUUAUACCUGUGCAAGAAAUUGGCCUUACAAUCAGACAAUGGAAGGAAAGCACUGAAGUUUUAGAAAAAGACACUUCAAAAUCUGGAAGUAGAAACGGAAAAAAUCCCAACGCCAGCUGAGGGUGUUGCUGUCUGCGAACUAAGAAGCCUGCGUCACUGAGUCCUGUGCCCUCACUGGUGUGCCCUUCAGUAAAACAUCUGGUCAAAAAAUAAUGUUGGCUGCUAGCAUUUUUUUUUCCUGCUUAGAACAAUCUAUGACUUGAUUCCAGAGUUUAUGAACUUCAUUGUAAUGGUCUUAAAAACUAAAUUGAGGUUGUCAUCUCUGUCAGCACAAGUUGAAUUUGUGUCAAUUGAAAAAAGUCAGGUAUAUCAGUGCAGUGUAAGAACAAGGAUAAGGGCGUGUGGGUUUGCUUCACGGCACUGCUCUUUUGAGGAAGUCUCAGAUGGCUAGAAAAUGGUCUUGUUGCUUUGCUCUGUGGCUGAAACAGCCCCGUUCUCAUCUAAAUCCAUGUAUUUAUCAAACAUCUGGCAAUUGUCACAAAUACUUUUUUCUUACGCUAUGUGGUUGUCUGUAUGAUGUAAUGGAACAAAACUGUUGAAAAAAUUCACUUGUUUUAAGCAAGUCAAUACCUCUUGGCUUCUGUGAAGAACAGAAUAAUAAAGCAGAAAGUAACACA